GAGUAGCCGACCCAUGUGAAUGCUGAGGUCCUACAACACCAGUGAUGUCCAAGAACAAUGGAACGUCCAUUGCACGCAGAGUGGCCCGGCGUACCGGUCCUUCCCAAAAAAACGCCAGUCGAUCAGUGGACGGAUCUGUCAUUAAGAAUAUUUGCCUGACGGGCGCCGAGGCCCUGCUGGAGAGAGAGCAGGAUUUCCUGUCCACCUUGUCUCAGGUUAACACGCUGGUCUUGAACACUUUACUGCAGUCGACAGGUAAGAGCCCCAUCGGGAACUCGAAGGUGCUGAAGGUCUUGAAUGACAAAUUUCACAAAGUCUGGGACCUGACGGCCCGAUGUUUCCAAACACUAAAAAAGAAUUACGACCUCUUGGCGGUGGAUAUCCAGGACAUAUACCUCAUGACUGAAGAGAGCCACUUCAUCGAAGUUUACACAGAGUAUUUUGUAGCAGUCACAAGUUAUAUGGUGAUCAAAGGUUUUGAGAAAUCAGCAAAGCAGACCAGUCUCUGGAAGACAAAUACAAAGGCCCUGAUGCAGCUGGUUAAGGAGAGUUCAGAAACCCCCAUCAACAUGCUGCUGCAGAGGGUCUUCAUCGAGCCGUUCCGCCAGCACAUCCAACAAUACCACUUCCAGCUGUCCAAGCUGAAUGGAAAUCUUCUGAAGGAUGCCGGAGUGGAACCUCUAAAGAAAACACCUGAGGUGUUUGGGAGCCUCGAGUCUUUUAUCAGUCAGUGUUUGGAUGAGGCUCUCCAGACGAGGACCCUGUGGGCCUCAUUGUCCAAAAGACUAACGGCCGCUCUUUGUAACCCUGAACGCCGACUACAAGAAGACAGCCGCAAUGUCCCGGUGACGGUGACCUCCAGCCGAUACGACCGGGUCCUCCUCUUCAAUGAUCAUCUUGCCUUCCUGCAGGGGAAUGACGCGUACAUCUACGACCUGAAGACGGUCUGGGUGGAUUCAACAACAAAGCAAAAAUCCGAUCCCUGCAAACACGUCUGGCGCGUUGUCACCCCGGAGGAGGAAUUCAUCCUUUCCACGAAGGAGCCGCAGCAUAAGGUGUUGUGGAUUUGGAAGCUGAAUCAGCUGAUACGCCAAAGUCUGGAAAGAAAACGUGAUUUUCCACUGUGGGGAAAGACGGGAGAGGCCAACGAUCCCCCAACAUGCCGCUUGGUGACGUACACCUACAGGAACGAGGGCAGGUUCAAGAAUGCGGUUUAUGAAGGCGACAUGUCCUGGGGGAAUCCACAUGGAAAGGGCACGUUAAAAUGGCCGAACGGUCGCAAUCAUGCGGGGGAUUUCAAAUACGGUCAGGAGGACGGAUUUGGAAUUUGUCUGAUCCCGGGCUCGUCCCCGGACAGGUACCACUGCUACAAAUGUCACUGGAGGAAUGGAGCCAUGCAGGGAUAUGGAAUCUGUGAGUACGCAGAUGAAUCCGUCUACAAGGGUUACUUCAAGGACAAUGUGAGGCAUGGAUUUGGGACCCUGGAAAACAUGGCCUCCAUGGGAAACUCAUUCAAAUACAUGGGGAACUGGGAGAAGGACAAGAGGUCGGGGUACGGAGUUUGGGAAAGCAGUGAAAAGGGGGAGCGAUACAUAGGGAUGUGGCUGGAUAACCAGAGACACGGCCCCGGAAUCGUUCUGUUUCACACCGGCUGCUGUUACCAGGGAACGUUCAGCUCCAACAAACUGGUGGGUCCCGGAGUUCUUAUUACAGAAGACGGCACUGUAUAUGAGGGAGAAUUCACUGAGGAAUGCGCGCUGUCUGGAAAAGGAAAACUGACAUUCACCAAUGGAUUCACCCUUGUGGGGACCUUUACCAAGUCUGCAAACUACGGCCUCCAGACCCAGGGCGUCCUCAGCACCUCCAGCGACUUCCGGGAUGAAAUCCUGAAGAAGAAAUACCAGUUCGGUAUCGGGUCGUUCCCGGUAGAGGAGCGCUGGCAAGGAAUAUUCGAACAGUUCCAGAAGUUCCUGGAAUCCGGCUGCAGCCGGGAAAAGGAGGAAUCUUUCCUGGGAUUUCACACCAAGUCCAGCAAGAAAAUUCAGCGCUCCCAGGAGUACCUGUGCUGCAAUCUGGGCGGGAUCGAGGAUGAGUCGGUGAAGAUGGAGGAUAUGUUGAAGAACCUGAAUCUCCAGCGGGAUCCUGAGGCCUUCCAGGUGUAUCUACAGAAGGCAAUUAACGCCUCUCCUGACCCUCUGUACAAACUCCUGAAGGUGCUGCAUGGGGCAUUUCAGGCCACAUACUCUGGUAUGGGGGCAAAUUUCCAUCUGCUGAGCAUGGCACAGGAGGAAAUCAAGCACUACGCCAGACAAAUCUGGGAGUUUUUCAGAGCACUAAUGGCCAUGAAAGCUGAGAAGGAAAGCCGCGUGGUUGGGCCGGAGGAGGAAGAACUGAGUGAUGAGCUGAAUCCACAUACUGUGAUCCUCCCCGCCAUCCUUCCCCGAUUCCACCCCGACCUCUUCAUGCUGUACAUGCUCUACCAUGAGCAGGAGGACGCCCUCUAUUGGCAGGGUAUAGUCCGCCUGGGUCACCUGACAGACACCAAACUUCUGGAGUUCUUGGAUGUGCAAAGGCAGCUGUGGCCUCUUAAAGAGGUGAAGCUGACAACCAAUCAG